UUUUGUAACUCAAACAAAAUGGCCCAUAUAGUUUAACAAAAACAGUCCCAAACAACUAUUGCGUGUUGACAAAUUCCCUUUUACAUUUAAAGAAAAAUAAAAAAGAAACAAGAUGUUCAAGGAGCUCGUUCUGUGGAUGCAUCGUUUGGCCCACGACUUUUGCUUAUCCCGUCCAUUAGCUCCGAUACCACGACAUGGCUGUCGCGUGCCGGUGAAAAACGGUUUCAUUGCCAAUUUGAUUUUCUUUAUUGCCAUUGUGACGCCGCUGUACUUUUGCCUGCUGAAGGAUGUGAUCGCCAUGAUCACUGGGCCCAAGAAACGCUAGCAACCAGGACAUCAGGACCCUACACCAUUUUAAGUCAUAGCUUGGUCAGUCAAUGUAGUUAGUGUGCAAACCCAAACAAAAUACAAUACUUUGUGGCAUCGUCUGAAUA